UCAUUCGCCGCCUCUGCUCUUCUCGUCCCGCCUGUGUCAUUCGCUACGCAACUUUUUCCGCGAUUGUCCUGCUUUCGGGAAUUGACGACCCCUUUUGUGCUCUUUUCCCUUUCGUUGCUGAUCCCGCCGUGGAACGCUCGCCCCGUCUUCUGUGGCUGCAAACACCGAUCUCUACACAGGAUCGUUCCAUCAAGGACACUAUAUCGGAGCUCUCUGCCUCUACAGCACGUUCACUCACUUUAUAGGGCCGUAUCCCUCUGAUCUCCCCGAUUUCUCUGCCGACGGAAUGCAUUUGUCUUCAUCCUAUGUGUUAUCCACAUUUAGCUCAUAUAUGGCUAUAUGACAUCUGUUUGUCAUCGUAUUUUCUACGUGGACUUUUUUUCCAUUUUCAAGAGCUCAAGAGUAGAAUUAAAGCUAAUGGUGAAAGGAUACCAAUGAUAAGAUUUGCUCAUAUCAUUUCUACACUCACUGAAAGCACCGAAGAGUUACAGGACUUCACCUGAGCCAGGGUAGUGAAUCAUUUCUUCCCCCAACGGUCCUCUUUGAAAGUUACAGCUACUGCCAACGAUGGGCAUGGAAUGAACAGUGCGGAGUUUGUCACCAAGUACAGGCGCCCCGCAAGUGGUAGCACGAAAGGGAUGGAACAGUAUGGUGAGUCAUUUACGUGGGAUGUAUCUUUAGCGGAUUAUUUCAGAUAAUUGGGUACGUUUUAACUGGCAAUGUAUUUAAGUGUAUAAAACAGAGAAUUGUGAUCAUCGUGCGUGUAAGAGCGACUGAGAUUUGAUAAUAAAUUCCAACAGUGUCGUUAAACGUAAACUGUAGUUGUCGGAAGCCAAGACGACCAGUGGGUGUAAAUUCUGCUAGCAAUUAAUAAGUCUACUUCCCAAAAAUUCAUUAAAUAAUAAUAACAGUUAUUAAUAGACUGCUUACAAGCGACUUAUUGCGACAAGACUGUUCUUCAGCGAAAAAGCAAUAAAUAAAAACAGAAAACAGGGUAAAUAGCUAAAAUUCUUUUAAAUUAAAAAUAGUGCGACAUUCAUGACACACCUUUCAUUGGAUUCAUCUGUGCCAGAUCACAGUGCGACCAUGCAAGCCGAGUGGACAAUCACUCAACAUGAAGUCCACCUCGUGCAGCCAAUAUCGGACCAGUAAUUCACAAGCAGCCGAAGAGGAGCAAUACCCAAGAUACCUAGCCAGUAACUAAGCUUCACACCGAGCUACGUUCUCAAAUUCGACAAAAAGUAAGUGUCGCUCUAAGCAAAGCACUUUUGGUGUAGUUGCAGCUAGCAUUGCUACAUUACACAUAGAACUUGUUAAUGGGGAAGCCGAGCUAGAAACUGUUAUCAGUCGCAGUAUCAGGGAUUUGGAUGUUUCAACGUGAUAUAUUCUGUGUAACGUAAUUUGGUUUUGGUAGUGUUGAAAUUUUAUAAUGGCUGACAAUACCGAAGAGGAAAGCGAAAUUGCUGGUAAAAAAGACGAUCAGUUGUGCGGGCUAGAGACCGACUUUGAAGACAUUUCAAAGGGGUCAAGAUUUACGGAAAACAGUAGAACAAGCGAGGAAUCCUUGGGAGACAUCUUCCAAGAAGAGAACCGUAGUUCACUAGAUCCGAGUAUACACAUGAAAACACUGGCAGUAAAGGAAGGAGAAGAGAUAGAAAAAGGGGAAGCAGCGUCUGAGGCUGGAACGUGGAGACAAACGAACAUGGAAAUGAUUUUAGAGGCGUUAAGGAAACAAGAAGAGCGAUUAGCAAAUAAUCAAGAAUGCAUGUUCAAAGAAUUAAAACAAGAAUUAGUAGAUGAAUGGGCCACAACAUUCAACAAGCUCGAGAAAUAUUUGGAAAACGUCGAGCUUACACACAAGCAAAAGCAAAAGGAGAGAGUUUCACAAGUAGAAAUGCAAAUAACAGCAAAUACCAUAGAACAGAUUAAAUUAAACACGCACAUAAGUGACACGGGAAAACAGGUAGUGUUGAAAUUUGUAAUGGCUGACAAGUAUGAGCUGUGCGAGUUGAAGACAGACAAUAACGAUCAACUGAAGGAUUCUAGUAUUUUGGAAAACAGUAGAACAGGCGAAGAAAACUUUCAAGUAGAGGAUUGCAGUACGGCAGAUCAACAUGUACAUAGGAAAAAGUUAGGAGUAAAGGAAGAAAAAGCUAAAGAAAGAGCGGGUGCGCCAUGUGAGGCCGGUGAAGCAAGACAAACGGACAUAGAAAUGUUUUUAGACGCAUUAAGAAAACAAGAAGAGCGACUAGAAAAAAAUCAGGAACGCAUUUUCAAGGAACUAAAACAAGAGUUAAUAGAUCAGUGGGGCGCCACGUGUAACAAUCAUGAUAAAUGUGUAGAAAAGGUCGAGCAUAUUACGCAAGAGCAAAACGAGAGACUUUCACAAGUAGUAACGCAAGUAACAGCAAAUACCAAGGAGCAAAUUAAAUUAAACGCACACUUAAAUGAUAUAGAGAAAAGGGUAGAAGAAAUAGCAUCAAAAAUAGGGGAAACAUGCAGAGCAAAUGACGCCAAGGUAGAAAGACGGGAAAGUUCUCAUGAAACAAUAGAAAGCAAGACCAAGGAAAUUAUAGCAGCCAGUGAAUACGAACAAAAGGAAGGACCUGGACAGAGAAAUGUAAACAUAGCAACAACAUGCGAUUCACAGAUGGACUUUACGAAAAGUAGUCCACUCAACAAAUUCAACCCGAAGGGGCGAUUACACCCAGUCAAAUUCAUACAAAGUUUCAAAAGUAUCAUGCCCGAUACGUGGCCUGAAGCACAAAAGAUUUGUUACGUGUUGAAUUUCUUAGAAGGAGAGGCAGCCACCUGGGGAGAACAACUAGAGAAGGAUGGAGUGACUUAUAAGGAAUUUGAAGAUGCCUUCCUCGCGAACUGCAAAAGUCUCCUACAAGGUAAAUCAGAUUCGGUGGAACGGUAUGCAAGAGAGCAACCGUGCGACUUGAUGUUUGCACGCACAGAGUGUAGGCUUCUUGUUAAGGCCGACACGAAAGAACCGAACAUCAACACAUGUGGGAGGCAGUCGCGUUCGUACUGCAGUGCUGCCUUCCCGCAGGACCAGUGGACAGCAAGGUGCAGUGAAGGCUUCGAGUCCAGCCCCUGUCCACAACACGUGUGCCUGCUCUACCACCCCAGGGCGAGUCAACAGGUGCGCUGCUGA